GUCUCACUGCUGGAGAUGACGAUGACGGUCAGCUGCUCUCUCUGCGUAGCCACCAUCACAUGCCCCAGCAUUGGAGCCUGGGAAGCCCGACCACAGACCAGCAUCUCUGAGGCAUGAAUAAUUAGGCAGGCAUAAUGGAAGGCACUCACUGCUCCCUCCAAUUGCGUAAGCCCAUUACUGAACUCUGCUACAUCAGCUUCUAUCUUCCACGGGGGGAAGUCCGAGGAUUUUCAUACAAGGGCACCGUAACUCUAGACAGAUCCAAUAAGGCAUUUCAGAACUGCUACCAAGUCAGGGAGGGGUCGGACGUCAUCAGCCUCAGUCUGCAGCCGGAUGAACAUCCAGGGGACAUAUUUUUCAAGCAGACUCCCACGAAGGACAUUCUAACUGAGCUGUACAAACUCACAGCAGAGAGGGAGAGACUGCUGGCCAAUCUCCUAAGCUCAGACCACAUCCUGGGGAUCACGAUGGGGAACCAGGAGGGGAAGCUGCUGGAGCUAUCCGUGAGUCUGGCCCCUGAGGACGACUGUUUCCAGAGUGCUGGCGACUUGCAGGGAGAGCCCCUCGUGGGCUGUCUCAAUAAGAGGAGCACCCAGAGGAGCAAAAAGCCCCGGCGGUUUGGGGGAGGGAGAGAGAGUGUGGAGGUGCUUCCUCAGAAGAGGACAAGAAGAAAAGGGCAUGGGGACCAGGAAUCAGCUCCUCAGAUGGGGAGGGACCAUGUCUGUUCCAGCAACUCCCUUCCUCUUUCUCGAGAGAGGCCUAAUUGUGGGCUUCUAGAAGAGAGAGGCAACUUGCUUCCACAUAGGGCUCGUUCCUCUUCCCUGCAGAGGAGAGAAAUCUGCCCCCUGGAGAUUGCCAGGACGCUGGACCCUGACCCUGGCUUUGGGAGCUUCGGGCUCACUUCUGAGGAUGCUGAGCUUGGAAGAGGAGGAUCGCCCCCUGACUGCAGCUCCACGGAGCCAGGGGAUGAGCCAGGGGACGAGCCAGGGGACGAGCCAGGCGCCGGUGGUGCUGGGGAGCUACCAAGGACGCCUCACAGGCUGGCACAUCAGCAGACAGGUUUCUCUGGAAGUCACAAGCACCCCGAGAAGCAUCCACCCACAGAGAGGGGCCGGAGGGAGAAGUGUGCUGAGCGGACUCACAGGAAGAAACCUGUUUCCAAAGUGGUGGCCCGGGUCCAGGACCUGUCUGCUCAGGUGCAGAGAGUAGUUCAAAUGCAUCCUGAGGGCGAAGGAGGGCUUGCUGUUCACCCAGCAGCCCAAGCUGAGUUCAUUCCCAGCGCAGACUUGCUCACCCUCCCAGCAGCCAAGGCUGGGGCUCCUGGUUCCAAGCGGCAGGGCAAGGAGCAGCGCGGGGACGGGUCAUGGCAGUCGUCGGCCAGGGAAUGUCCUCCAGCCAGCACCGAGGGGGCUGUGAACAAGGUCCUCCUGAAGGUGAUAGAGAGUGAGAAGUUAGUUGAAGCCACUGAGGGGAAGAGGCUGGGCUUCCCCCUCAGCAGGACGGUCCCCCGCACCCUCCCAGACACUGGAAGCAAGAGGAGAGCUGGGCUGUCUCUGAGCGGCCACAAGACCUUGUUUCUGGAUCUGCCCCGCAGCGCUGGCCCCGACUCCUCACAGGGCGGAGGUGGUGAGAGGCCGCCCCCACCAGCUCUGGGCAUGGUAUUUAAUAAUUCAUCCUCUCAGUCUGGCACACACACACGGAUGUCACCUGUUCCCUCGCCUCUAUCUCCAAGGCUCCCCAGCCCUCCACAGCAUCACAGGCUCCUCCGGCUGCCUGGCGAGAGGGAAGCCGCUCUUGAUGACUCUCCUGGUAGAAAGAGUGGCACCUUCUCUGGGUCCACCUCUGCUGACACCUUGGAGCCAUCAUCCUCUGCGAAGGUCACGGAGACCAAAGGAGCCAGCUCGGCCUUCCUCAGAGCGGACCAACCUCGGUUGGUGCCUGGGGAACCUUUGGAAAAGAUCUUGGGGCCCGGGAGGAUCACAGCUCAGCCUCCGCACCAGUCACCUCCAGGUUAG